UCCCUCCUUGUGUGCUGUCUGUAUGUCUUCCCAGCCAAGGUAGAGCCGGCCAAGAUUGCCUGGGAAUGUCCAGAAAAAAACUACGCCCAGGGGGAGGGCUCUAUGGCCAAGAAGGUGAAGCGCCUGUUAAAGAAGCAAGUUGUGAGGAUCAUGUCUUGCACCCCAGACACCCAGUGUCCCAGAGACCAUUCCAUGGAGGACCCAGACAAGAAAGGAGAAGCCAGAGCCAAGAGCGAAGCAGGGUCCGUGAGCCCUGAGGAGCCACCAGAUGGGUCAGCCAGCCCUGUGGAGAUGCAGGAUGAGGGUCCAGAGGAGCCUCAGGAGGCAGGCGAACCACUGCCCCCUUUCGUGUUGAAGGAGGGUGGAGAUGAUGGGCUGCACUUGGCUGAGCAGGAUGCAGAUGAUGAGGCCGCUGACGACACAGAUGACACCAGCUCGGUGACCUCCUCUGCCAGCUCCACCACCUCCUCCCAGAGUGGAAGUGGCACAAGUCGUAAAAAGAGUAUUCCCUUGUCCAUCAAGAACUUAAAGCGGAAACACAAGAGGAAGAAGAGUAAGAUCACUCGUGACUUCAAGCCAGGGGACAGGGUCGCCUUGGAGGUGGUGACCACGAUGACCUUGGCUGAUAUGAUGUGGCAGGACGGCUCUGUGGAGUGCAACAUCUGCUCCAACGACCUCUUUCCUGUGCACCACCUGGACAACAACGAGUUCUGCCCUGGAGACUUUGUGGUGGACAAGCGAGUCCAGAGCUGCCCAGACCCUGCUGUCUAUGGUGUGGUACAGUCUGGGGACCACAUUGGCUGUACCUGCAUGGUGAAGUGGUUUAAGCUGCAGCCCAGCGGGGACGAUGUGGAGCCAUCAGUGGGCCAGGUGGCCUGUGUGGACGUCAGCAGCAAGGUGGAGGUGCCUGAGAAGCCAACCUGGGAGAAGAAGUUUCUGGAUGACAUCAAGAAGCUUCAGGAGAACCUCAAGAAGACCCUGGACAAUAUGGCCAUCGCAGAGGAGGAGAAGAUGGAGGCGGUGCCUGACACAGAACGCAAGGAUGACAACCCUGAGGGGCAGUUGCUGGUGAAGGUGGAGUGGCCCAGUGAGACACCUGUGCUCUGCCAGCAGUGUGGUAGGAAACCUGGAGUCACCUUCACCAGCGCCAAGGGCGAGGUCUUCUCUGUGCUGGAGUUUGCACCCUCAAAUCACUCUUUCAAGAAAAUUGAGUUCCAGCCUCCAGAAGCCAAGUUCUUCAGCACAGUAUGGAAGGAGAUGGCUCUGCUGGCUACCUCACUCCCCGAUGGCAUCAUGAUCAAGACUUUUGAGGACAGAAUGGCAAGUGGGCUAGUGGGAGUUUGUGGCUGCCUGAACCCUAACCUGUAUGACAAUGGGAAGGUGUGCGUCAGCCUCCUGGGUACCUGGAUUGGAAAGGGGACGGAGAGGUGGACGAGCAAAUCCAGCCUUCUCCAGGUGCUCAUCUCCAUCCAAGGUCUGAUCCUGGUGAAUGAACCAUACUACAACGAAGCUGGCUUUGACCUUGCCCGGGGCCUGCAGGAAGGCUAUGAGAACAGUCGCUGCUACAAUGAAAUGGCCCUAAUCCGAGUGGUGCAGUCCAUGACACAGUUGGUACGGAGGCCUCCUGAGGUGUUCAAGCAGGAGAUCUGGAAGCACUUUAGCACCGGUGGCUGGCGGCUGGUGAACCACAUGGAGUCCUGGCUGGAAACCCAUCCCCUGCUGGAGAGGGCCCAGGCACUGCCCAACGGGAUCCCUAAGGAC